AUGUGGCCCACGGAGACGGAAGUGCUCGGACUCCCCGACUCUACACACGACAAGCUUGAGAGCAGCUUCCUUAUGUUCCCUUGUCUACGAGCAAUUCUAGCCGGUCUGCCCCAAUUCAGCGUCGCGAUACGUCAGCACCAGGUCUGUUGCAAUACAAAUGUGCCGACAGUAGUCGCAGAGGUCAAGGAGAUAGUGGAAGCCGCUGUUUUAAGAUCGCGCGGGGAGAAAGCCGGCGUGGAACACGACGCGGCCGCAGAGGAGACAGAGGAAGCGGCAGAAACACUCGCAGAGCAAGCUUCCGGCAGUUCGAGUCACCCAUCUUCGAAGCAGAAUGUAUCCGGCCCCGACAACGCCCGGGCCGACGAGACUCGCGGCGCGGCAAGCCGAGACAACUACCUCGAGCUCGUCAAAGGAGUGCCGACCACGCAUGACAUCAACACGCUCGACGACGGCCAAUGGUUGAACGACGUCAUGGUCAAUUUCGGCCUUCACGUCCUCGGUAAACGGCACUCUAAAAGAGUGUUCUUCUACAACACGUUCCUUAUCGAGGCGUUACGGCACGAGAAGUCUUGCGCCGAGUGGACAAAGCGCGCGAGCCCUACCGAGUACGACUACAUUGUCGUGCCGAUCCACGACACCCUCCGUAUACACUGGCUCGUCGCGAUACUAUGGCGCAGCUCCGUCGAUGCCAACAGUUUCGAGCUCACUAUUCUUGAUCCGCUAGGUUCGAGCGGGCACGAUUCGUACCGUACGGUCUUGAAGACGUAUUUCUCCCCAACCAGCAUUGUCGACCAACCUCCUGCUUGCGUGCCGCGGCAAAACAACGGCUGGAGUUGCGGCGACCAUCUUCUCGGCAAUGUUGGAAAAUUUCUACGUGAUCCGGACGAGUUUAAAAACGCCGUGGUCGAGGGAACCAGCUUGGACUGGAGAUUGGACGAAGAAAGUCCGCGCGGCGCCCUCCGAAUAGCGGCGGAGAAAGAAAGAAAGGCAAGCGAGGCGGCAGCCGAGUCAACGGAGGAGACCACGGAGGAGACCACGGAGGAGACCACGGAGGAGACCACGGAGGAUUGUGUUGUUGUCGUUAACGGGGCCGGAACACCGUUGGAUCUCGUCGACGCGACUUCUCAGAUGAGCCCACAGUCCUUGUCUGUGGUUGGCGACGGAGCUACUCCCGCCGAUGCCCCCACUGACAAGAGCACGGAAACGGGAGACAGCACCACAGCACCCCACACGCCGGUCGGCGCCACUUUUUCAGUCGGGCAAGAUAUCGACAUACCAAGCACGCCAGGCUCAAUCAACAAUACGGACUUCGCGAGCCGCUUUAGCCCGACGGACGACGACACGCGCCUCACAUCCCCCGAGCCGAGCCUAUCCGGGGACGUAGCAUCGACUCGAAGUGGGAAACGGUCGGCGUCCGUGGCCUUUGGCCCAACCACGCAUCAGUCGCAAAAGCAGGCAGUACUAGACAAAUCACUUGCUGCUUCGGAAUUGGUGGCCGUCACGAAAGAAAGAGUGCCCACGAACGAUGUGCUGGGCUCACCCGGCACUUGUUCGCAACGGACGUCCGACUACGGUCCGCCGGACUCAGCAACAUCUUCCGGCCCACUGCUGGAAAGAAUCCCGGCGAUCCAGCCCACUGUUGAACUGCCUGACGAGACGCACGAGUUCGCUCUGCCUACGAACAGCAACGUCCAGAACCAGAAGAAGAUAAUCGGUGUGUAG